AUGCAGAAGGCGUUGAGGAAAAACGGCGAGAAACGUCGACGUCUUUCGUUAUCUAUACUUACUCGGUGGUACAUUCACGAGAAGUGUAUCGCCAGUGUUUACCACAACAAAGACAUUCUCGCUGCGAUCUUUUCAGAUACGGCUUUGCUUAAGAGCGAUGAAGGCGAUGCUUGUGAUAAAGCUCUUGCCACUUAUCGUGACGAUGAAUUUUGGCAGGAGGCCCAGAUCGUUUUAUCGCUAAUUGAGCCCAUUAGCAAGCGUCUCGCAAAAUUUGAGCGCAAUAACUGCACCAUUUCACUUGUUUACAACCAGUUCGAGUGGCUGCGUAUGCACCGGGUGUACACGAGAACCUUGCCGGAUUGUAGAUUGGAACUUCAGGAAGAUGUAUUGGCUGUUAUAACUAAGCGCCAGGAGAAAUUUGCUCAAAGGAAAUGA